CAACAUCACCCGAAGUAUCUGAUGCUGAAGAGAUGCCGAUAGCUAUUCCAUUCGAAGAACAAGACCAUAUAUCUGAAUCACCUGGAAAAAAAUUACUGGUACCAGUUCUUCCUUGGAUAAGUGAUGAGGGAAAUCGUAUUCGCAAUCUUGCAGAUGAAGUAAUCAAACGAACUCGAAUAGAAAAGAUGCAAUUAUUAGUUCCUGUAAAGCCAAAGACUCUUCCGACUUGGGCGUGUAAUCAAGCUGAUUCAAGCGAAUAUUAUGAAAACUUUGAUGAAAUUUAUAACAAUGAUGAAUAA